UUCAAAGCAUCGACAUCGCCAAUGUCGUGAAGAUUCGAUCGCAUUUCGUCUCCGAGGUCUCGAAAUUUUCCGCACAACGAUCACCUCGGCGAAGUAAGAUGACGUUACGUUGUCGCCUGCGGUUACAUAUGAUUUCUUUCUUUGUCAGCGAGGAACAUCGGGCUUACCGCGUGUGUGUGGGCCGUGUGUGGCGACAAAUUCCAGCCGACAGCGUGGGACGAUCGGCUUGAAACAAGAGGGAACCGCGUCGACCACGUGACGGCAUAAAGUGCAAGACGCCGGCGCGGUGUAAUCAUUUCGUUCCGGCGAUAUGACAGGCGGGAGGAUGGGAGCAGAAGGAGACCCGACGACAAUAAUCGUCUACGCGGAUGUUUACACGCAGGAAACGCCGAGCACGUCCGAGCAUGAGCUCAGUGUGAUAAUGUCCUCUGACGACCAAUCAUCUCCAGCGCAGACAUCGAUAUCCACAACGAGUUUCGAUGUGCUGGACAAUGCAAGAUUGGAGAAGAUUAAUAUAACUCCCAUAAUGUCACAACCAACAAAACCCGUAGUUUCACCGACCACGAACAUCGAUGCCGAUGCGAUAGAGGAAGCAGUAUCAAUCGUGCAGACGACAUUACCUAUGCCGGAAUUGCAACCGAAAAUCGAGAAGAACGGUAUCGAGACGAAAACAAAGAAAUCUUCUGAUGAGCCAAACGAUGACUGUCUGAUCAAUUGCAUUUAUUAUACACAACAGUGUUGCGACUGCACGAUAGUUUGAGAUCAUUCAACGCUUCUAGCUAGAUAAUGCCGAAGAAACAGCGCCUCGCGAGUACUCUGAUCAAUUUUGGGGUUUCAAGAUGCUGCUCUUCGACGCAAAAUUUAGGAUCUGACAUUGCAAUAAGUAUGGCGCGCCACUAGAAUACUUUGUGAUACAUAUGAGAAUUAUAUAAUAGAAAAAAAAUUCGAUGGGGUAUGACGUGUAGAAAAUUUUGUGAAUAUGUACGAAUGAAUGUGUGAUGUUCAUAAUUAUAUACAUACAAUUUUUGAUACUGUCGUUAUUUCGAUAAUCAAGCAGUGACAGUACGAUUAAAGACGAUCAAUAAGAAACGCAUGGGUAACUAAUUAAUUUAUAUUUUUAGAAUAUAUUUGUCAGUGUGCAGAGAAAGUUGUACUUUUAAUUUAUGCAAAUAUUCACUGCCAUUACACUGUGGUUAAAAAUUGCAUCGAAAGACAAUCUCAAGUCAAUUAUUAGUCUGUAAGCAUUCCCUUGAAAUAUGUUAUAAGCAAGUUAUUUGCUAUACCAUUACAUGUCUUCCUAACAGUCUGACAUUAAUGUUAAUGUCAAUAAUGCACACACAGUAUUAAUUGUGACAGUCGUUUAGACAUUUAUAUUUGUUUGCAAUUUUGUAAAUUUACGAGCUAAGAAAACGGAUCUGUAGUGAUGUGGGAAGGUAGAUCUAUUUAGAAACGAAAGUAACAUAAAUAAUAUCAAAUUUCUGACAUUGAUAUAAGGAUGCAUUUAUUACAAACGAAGAAUAACCCGAGAAGUUCUUGUUUUCUUUUAAUGUGUUAGAGGAGCUAAAAAUAGUAGAUAAUAUUUUCAUA